AUGAACAGAAUAGAAGGAAUUUUUGACAAGUGGGAAUGUUACAAAAGUUCAAACAAGUUACCGAAACGAGCGAACGACAUGAUAAACGUGGCUAUUGGUUGGACAAGGUUACUGAUCUCCAACAAAUUUCAGCAAUUACGAAAUUUGUGUGUUUCUUAUGAUGACUUACACGGAAUCUGGGAUACGAUACAAGUGCAAGUUGAAUGUUUGAUUAAACGGUUUGAUGGUUUGAACGCAAUGAAGGCAAAUAACUGGCAAGAAAUUUUACCAAAAGACGAAGCUGUUCUGAAACGUGGUAGGGUCAGACCUAAGUCUAAGAAGGUUCUGGCUAGAACUGUACUCGAAAAUCUUACUAAAGCUGCUAACGAUGCGAACAAAUCACGUGCUGAAGAUGAAAUUAAUUUAAAUGUUCCUCAAAUCGAUGACAACAAAGCGUCCAGUGGUGUCGCAUAG